GAGAGGGCACAUCGUGAUUUUCCUUUCCGAACAGCAUCAAGUGGUAAAUGACGCUUUAUGAUAAAUGUGUCAAGCCUCUCCUCUCGGAAAGGGGCAGUGGCUGAUGAAUAAUAAACACUAUGAGCCCGCCCAUUUAAUGUUUAUUGAUCAGCUCUCCGGCAGGCCUAUCUGACAGCGGUCAGAUUCAGUCUGGAUAUGGCGUCGCUGCACACCGACACAGGAUGAUUCUUCACCUCUCCGUGGGAAUUUCUCAGUCGCACACCCGGACGACGCUUCUAGGUUUUUGUCGCUCCUAAUAGGGAUCAUACAUGGCGAUGGAGGACGUGGAUAAUAACUCAGCGGUCGAGGCGGCCAAUACCAAAACGGGCAUCAAGAAAGGAGGUGAUGUCGGAGAUAACGCUUGCAUAGACAGGCAGCCGGACACGGUGGUCCACCAAGCGGGGCUGAAUCAGACUGCAGGUCGCGGCAGCCGCAGUGGUCAUGGAGCUCAUGCUGCAACGGGGAUCCGAGUGCUAAAGCGCAACAUAAAGCGGAAUGGGAGUCGCGGCUGUGUGACGAGGAAGACUAGAUUUGGAUCGCGGGAGCGGGAUUGGCUAAAGGGGGACUCCCAGCGGGGCUGUGUGUGUCUGUACGGGGGGACAGUGGACCCUCAGCCACCUGCCUCUGGACCACAGGCUUCCUCCACCCCUCAGACAGACCUGCAGUUGGUGCUCUGCUCCACCAGUACAACUGUGGAGGAGCUGUGUGCUCAGAGGAAUGGACAGGGACUCUAUGUCCAGCUUCAUGGAGACCUUGUCAGGAGGCUCGACCCGGCUGAGCGUCCUCUCCAGAUGAUAUACGACUACCUGGCAGCUUUGGGAUACGCGGACCCCAUGCGUGUGCAACAGGAAGCCGCCAACUCAGACCUCAGCUGUUUGAUCCGAUUCUACAGUGAGCGUCCAGUAAAUGCGGACCAGCAGGAGAGGACCCUUCUAAAAGGCGUGUUCAGCGUCAGGAAGGGCAAGUCACAGCUGCAGUGGGCGGAGCGGCAGGUCAUCCUCUGUGGCACCUGUCUAAUCGUGGCCUCUGUCAAAGACAGCCUGACUGGGAAGAUGCACAUCUUGCCCCUGGUGGGAGGAAAGGUGGAGGAGGUGAAGCGGAGGCAGCACUGUCUAAUGUUCAGCUCAGCCGGAUCCCAAGCGCAGACAUACUUUGUCAACUUUGACACGCUGGUGGACUACCAGAGAUGGCAUCGGCAGGCAUCAAAAGUGGUGUCUCAGACAGUCAGUCUGGUGGACUUGUCCUGCUACAGCCUGGAAGCAGUGCCUGAGUAUCUAUUUUACAGUCAGGAUGUCACUCACCUCAACCUGCGACACAACUUCAUGAGCCUCCAGGGGCCUGGAGGCCUGCUCAACCUCCCCAGGUUUUCUCAGCUGAAGAGCCUGAACUUGUCUCACAACCGUCUGGGUGUGUUCCCUGAGUGUGUGUGCGAGAUCCUCACCCUGACUGAACUCAACCUCUCAUGUAACAGUCUCCACACCGUCCCUGAGCAGAUAGGCAACCUUCAGAGCCUGCAGACGCUGUCUCUGGAUGGAAACCACCUCAGCUCCCUGCCUGAAGAGCUGGGUGGCCUGAACCAGCUCAACGGCCUUGGGCUCUCUUUCAACAACUUCUCUCACAUCCCUGCUGUGCUGGAGAGAUUGAGUGCAGUGGACAAGCUGGCCAUGGCUGGGAACAGAGUGGAGAGUUUGGAAUUGUGUACUCUGGCCAAAAUGAGCCACCUGAAAAACAUCGACCUCCGACUGAAUGGUCUGCGCUGUGUGAAAAUAGAGGAUCUAGAGGCAGUGAGCCAGGUGACCCAGCUGGACUUACGGGACAAUUGCUUGGAAUCACUAGACCUGAGCUCCAUCUGCAACCUGGAGACUCUGCACUGUCAACGCAACCAGCUGGGGACACUCACACUCGGCGGCUUCACUUUGCGCAUGCUUAACGCCGGCAGCAACCGCCUCACAACAGUCAACAUCUAUCCAGUCCCCAACCAGCUGACACACAUGGACCUAUCACAGAACCUUUUGGAGUACCUGCCAGAUUGGGUGUGUGACUGCAGAAAAAUUGAGAUGCUGGACGUCACGCACAACCUCCUGUCUGAGCUUCCUUCCAGACUACUCAACAGCAUGAGUUUGAGAAAGCUGCUAGCGGGGAACAACCGUUUGCAGAGAGUGCCUGACCUACUUGACCAUAUCCCUCUGGAAGUCCUGGACCUCCAGCACAACAAGCUAGCCAAGCUCCCUGAGAGUCUGUUUUACAAGGCCUUAAACUUAAAAUACCUAAACGUGUCAGCCAAUGCCCUGGAAAAUAUUCCCCCAAGCAGCCAAUCGGAAGAGAGCCUCAGCACCCUUCAGGAGCUCUACCUGACUGGCAACAACCUGAAUGAGAACUGCGGUACUCUGUUGGUUGGACACCAGAACCUGCGGAUCCUGCACAUCGCGUACAACCAGUUGCUUUCCUUUCCUGCCAGUAAGCUCAGUAAGCUUGAACUGCUGGAGGAGCUCAAUCUGAGUGGCAACAAGCUAAAGACUAUCCCCUCCACGGUGUCCAGCUGUAAGAGGCUACACACCCUUAUUGCACACUCCAACCACAUCACUGUCUUCCCAGAGAUCCUAAACCUGCCCGAGAUCAAGCUUGUAGAUCUGAGCUGCAACGAGCUGACGGAGAUCCAGCUGCCUGAAUCCCUGCCUGCCACUCUGCAGGAGCUGGACCUGACGGGCAACAGCACUUUGACGCUGGAACACAAAACCCUAAACCUCUUCAGUCACAUCCCAACCCUUAAAUUAGACCAGAAGUCCACCACGACGCCAGGAGAGUCACUGAGUGCCUCCACUCCAUGGAACCACGGUUACUCUGAGAUGAGUGGCCAAAGAAACAAGUUGUGUGUGUCUGUGCUGGCCGUUGACCGCUUUGGAGACAGUGUGGAAGCAUGCUACGGGAUCUUUGAUGGGGAUCGCAAUGAGGAAGUGCCUCGGCUACUGCAGUGCACCAUGGGAGAUGUGCUGUGUGAGGAACUGCAGCACUCCAGUAUUGACAAUGUCUAUAUGUGCAACACUUUCCUCACCUCACACAGGAAACUUGGAAUGGCUGGCCAGAAACUUGGCGCUUCUGCCUUGCUGUGUUAUAUUCACCAUGAGCCUUCAGAUCCAGGAGGCUACUUCAGCCUCACUGUGGCCAAUGUGGGCACAUGCCAGGCAGUGUUGUGCAGAGAUGGGCGACCUGUUCCUCUCUCUAAAGUUUACAGUUUGGAAAACUGCAGAGAGGAGAUGGAGAGAGUGAAACUCAGUAAAGCCAUUAUAACCGAGGAUAACAAAGUGAGUGGGGUGACAUGCUGCUCUCGCCUGCUGGGCUGCUCUUAUCUGUCUCCCUGGGUGCUCCCAAGGCCCUGGGUGCACACCGAGCUUCUAUGUUCCCGGGAUGAGUUCUUGAUUCUGGGAAAUCGAGCGCUGUUUGAACGCGUCUCCUUCCAGGAGGCCGUGUGCACUGUGCAAGCUGUGCGUGAUCCUCGUGCCGCUGCAAAGAAGCUGUGUUCUCUCGCCCAGAGUUAUGGCUGCAAGGACAACAUUGAGGCUGUGGUGGUGUCACUGCACAUUGGAGAGGACAGCUGUACCUGUGAGCCACCUGUCUCCACAACCGAACCACGGGUUCCCCCACCUACUUCUGCCCCGGUGCCUGUGACUGUGACUCCAGGUCCAAGUGACCCAGCCGCCCUCUCAUGCAGCAGCGGGGUAGUCUCUGAGUUCAGCAGUGAGACGUCAGCCUCGGAGGUUGGCAGCGAGGCGGGAUCCACCGCCUCAGAUGAGCAUCCAUCCUCAGGGCCUGGAUCCCGCCCAGAGAGACGCUGUAGCUUGCAUCCUGCUACUACACUGUGUGGGAUUAUGGUGCCAGGAGCUCCAGUGAUAGGAACCCACCCAGGCCUGUUCCAGCGGCAGCCUUCCUCUGCUACAUUCUCCAGUAACCAGUCUGACAAUGGCUUGGAUAGUGAUGAUGAAGCCCCUCUUGAGGGUGUUAUCUCUAAUGGCAGUAAGUUAGAAGUGGAGGUAGACAUUCACUGCUGUGCUUUCCAGCUGCGGUCAGGAGCCCCUGAUAGCCCCAAAGACUUGGAUCUUAAAAAGCAAGGCUCUGACUAUCCCAAUGGUAAAAUGCGCAGACAGAACAGCGUGGUGGUUUCAGCCACAAACGGCUGCCUGCUGGCUGUAUGUGGGAGAGAGAUUGCCGACCUCAAGAAGUCUCCUUCCACAUCCAGCCUGUUUGGGAAGAAGCUGUCCAAUGGCUCAGUGGUUGCCCCUGAGGACAGUCAUAAUCUCAUUGAGGUGGCCCUGGAGGCUCCUAAGAAGAAGUCUGGCUACUUCACUGCUCCCGCACAGCAGGACCCAGAGGACCAGCUCAUUGUGCCUCCCAGUCUGGAGCAGGAAGUCAGGGAGCAGCUGAGAGGUCAGACCACUUUGGUCUCAGUCCCUCCUUUACCUUCCAUACCCCCUAUAUUAAAGGACCCAGUGUGGGAUCACCCACACCCUCCUGCAUUUGCCACCAACAUUGUGCCAGGUCCAGGCCCAGUCCCAGUCCCCAUCCUACAGCAGGAAGUCUAUGAUACCGCACUCUAGGGGUGACACAGCAUAGUGGCGUGUGGCUGCAACUCUCAUCGUGCCAUUCCUGAGAAGAGGAGUUUUCCUCGUACAUGUGGGAUACUCUGACUCAAGUUGCCAUUUCUGGAGGCAAGACAAACCUGAGGGACCUUGAAAGUCACUUGGUCAUGUUGAAUAAUUAAUGUGAGGUGAAAGAGGACUUAUGUGCUGGGUAUCUGGGCAAAAAGAGCCACCAGGAUCCCUCUUCACAAACUUGAUGUAUGGAAAAAGGAUGGCUAGCUGUCAUAUAUCAAACAAGCCUGACUUUAAGUGAGACACCUUGUGUGUUUAAGCAUGUCAGCAACAUUUCCCUUUACUUGGAAAGCAAGCAAUCUAAAGGGCAUGUAGGGAUUGUGUUCAGGGAGGUCAAAUCUCCUCUGCGGGGGCUCUGUGGUCUCCUUGAGAGAAACCCUGUUACUGAAACCUGAAAAAGUGCCUACUGCAGACAACUCAGCCUAGAGCUCCCCCAAAAUCCAGGCUGUGUUUGGGGAUGUGAGCUGGUUAGUUAAAUCUGAAGGACAAAGUGGAAUCUUAGAAAGACAAGUGCUGACCCAGCUUCUGUUCCUGCGGCUUAUAAAAGGAAUCAGACGGAAUAAGGUGGAAAUGCUCGUAAGGUAAAUAGGAUGAGAAGAUAAAGAAAAAAAAUCUGUAUUAUAUUGCCAAAAUUGUUAUAAGUGGAUUUUAUUUUUACAUUCCCACAAAAUAUAUGUUGAAUCUUCUAUAUAGAAUAACUAAAUUCCAGAAAGUGUGAUACACACUUCCAUUUACUGGCCAACUGAGAUUAUAUGCUUGAGCUGCUGACAUCAACAUUAACAAGUGUUGCUGUUUGGAGAAACACAUUAUGAAUACAGUCUUUCAACUGUAUUGAGCAAAGUCCAAAAAUCCUUCAACUUUUAUUUUCUUAUAUAUUUUUUGAGAACAGUGUGAGAUCACGCACUGUCACAGGUCGGUCUAUUACAAUUCAAAGUUACUUUAUUGUAUGGUCACUGGACGGGGGACUGCUGGAAAUCAUAGUUUGAUGAAUAUCAGUCACUUCAACGAAGUAGUAAAGGCACAAAAGUGAAUGAUGCAGUGUAGUGUCAAGAGUUAAAGGAAGAUGUAUCUGAUGAAAGAGCUCCACUGGGGUAAGAUUAUACGUUUAAGUGCAUCUUAAUUUUGAAGGCUGCUACCCUUUUAAUUUUGAAACAUCUUUCUAUGUCUCUCCGGACACAUUCUGUCAUCUUUUUUCAGCUUUGCUUUCAAAUGGACUACCCACACAUCACAGAACCUUCAGGUUGUGUCAUUUGGCCAGUUGUAAACACAACCAGAACAAAAUUUUCAGGUGUUUUUGUCAGCUCAUAUUUGUUCUGUGUACACAAGAUGUCACAAAGUUUUGGGGCAGAAUCUGCAGUCAUACAAGCGCACACAAUAGUUUGUGACGCAGGAACGUAUAAUAUCUUUCAAUGAUAUGACAACUCUGUUUUCAACUCAAGUCAUGUGUGGUACCUGCAGAUCAGAGAGUGGGGCCUCUUCAGACGAACAUUUUAUCAGUGAAGCGAAAACACAGGUACAGAGUGCUGCCUUUGUUUUGAGUUCACACAGUCUUGCUGCUGUUGGUGUUAUUAGUUUUCAAUCAUGUUUCUAAAUAUAUUGAACUGCUCUGACAAUGAUUUGUCACACACUCUGUUAUUAUUUCAAACAUUCAUGACUAUUAUACAGGCCAAGAACAUUAGUUUGUCCAUCCCUGAUCCUCUGCACCUUGUGCCAAAAGAGAACGCAGCUCUGCCGGAGCUGCUGUGCUUAUAAGAAGGCCAAAGUUAGGUGAUUGCUCAUGUCAGUGAUUACCCACAUUAGUUAUAUAUUUUGCGCUUUUCUUGCAUUUCACGUUUGUCACAAACCUGGACCUUUCAGUGUUCCCUGUUAGCCUUAAAGAAACAACACUUAAUAUUUCAUUUAAAGGAGAAUCCCUUUGUUGUUAAUGUCACUCGUGAUGCUUUUUGUGACGUACGCUAUGAGUGUUUUUUAUUUUUUUAACUAAACAGCCCCUCUAUGCUUUCCUUGCUCCCCGUGAAUGAGUGAUAACCUCAGUGAUGAAGCCUUAAUUGAUGUGAGUCUCAGCCAUUUAAUGUUUAUUUGCAAGUUUUUGUCUCUUGUAAGAAAGUAAUCACUGUUAAAGCACUUUGUACAGAGAAGAAAGUGAUAUUGAACUUUAUGUAUAUUUAAGUUUAUUAUAUAUAGAUUAACAUAUUGUCCUGAGAUCAUUGUGGCCUCCCUCAAUCAAACAUAUCACCUCUUCUUUAAGAAUACAUAGCCAAUAGAAAGGAUGAUCAGAUUUUUAUUUUUGCAGUAACAUCUGAACUUUACAGAAUGCCUUGUAUGAUGCAUAAUAUACCGUCUGAAGUACUCUGUCUACUAUAUGAAUAAGAACAUGAAUCAUUGGGCCCCCUACUGGUAGAAGAGAAAACUCAGUUAUGUGCAUUUAAUGCAUUAUAUAGAUCAAGAACUAAUCGGGAUUCCUAACCAUCUGGCAUAUCCAGGUGGUCUUUCCACCACAACAUCCCUGUCACAAUAAAAUGUUAUUAAAAGGUAGUUUAAGAUAAGAAGUGCUUGACCCGCAUGGAAGAUUUGGUUUAUUCAGAAUUAGACAUCAACACUAAAGGAGUUUCUUUUCUCUAAAGUCGAGAAUAUGAAACUUUAUUUUACACUAAGUCUAAGAAUUUGUUUCCAGUCACUUUAUUGAUCACGUGCAGUGUCUGAAAUGCCAAACACGGGUCAGACUGUGCCCAAACCUCCAGUAUCAGAGCCCCGCACACAGUGUCAGGAAUCUGGACUGAUGUAGUGAAACUCGGAUCAGUGCUGCAGGCGCAUCUGGAACAGCUAGAAGACAGAUUAUGAUUGUGAAUGAUAUCGGCACACACCUGGAAAUCGAUGGAAGGCUGAACUGUUUGGAAGAGAAAUGGAUCUUUCCUUUAGGUUUUACAAAACAGUGGUGUUCACAACUGAUGUUGGGAAUUCACUCAUAAAAAUAUGCAAAGUGUCAACUGUACAUAUAUCUAUACAUGUCUAUUAGAUCUUCAUUUUCACCUUAAACUCCGAGAAUACUAUUUCUAAAUGUGCGAAAAUGCAUAGUGACUGAUGUGUGUGCGUGUGCCUGUGUGUGUGUGUGAUGUGUGAUGUGUGUGUCACUGAGAUUGAGUGAAUAAGCUGAGCUGCUCUUGAAUUAUUCUCUGAGUUGUCUCCUCCCUCGGCUCAUUUGCAGUUUUAUUAGUUUGGCUCCCCGUGUCAAGUCACAUUUGGACUGCGUUGCACUUUUACAUUUAUUGCUCUUCAUAACCACCUUGGACUUUUUUAUACACUAAUUAUGUGCGUCUCCUCGUCGACACCGUAUAUCCACCUGCUGUCCUGUUCUGUAUACAUUUCAAACAUGAAGUAUAUUUGAGUAAUGAUCCAUCCAUGUACUAAUAAGCGUGCAUGUAUAUAUGCCAUCUGUGUGCAUAGAUACAGGAAGAGGGUGGACAAGGUGUGGUGUAUGGCUCAAAAUACUCCCUUUAACUCUUGGAUAUCUUUCUCUAAUGCUCAUUAUCCCCUCUGUGCACCAAAGUAGAGGCUGUUUGUGUUCGAGUGGGUCUGUGUCUCUUUACCAACUCAUUUAUCAACUGUAAGGAAUAAUUUCUUCUCUGCACAUGUCUUCACAAUCCCCUCUGUACAACUGCAAACUGUCUGUGUUUCUGUGUAAAUUAAGUGCACAUGUACAGUUAAGUGUAUGCAUGCCUGUGUGAACAACGGAUUGCGUGUAAUUCUGCGUAAUGAAUGAAACUGACCCGAGAUGCUCCAGUUGUUUAACAUGUGACCAAAGUAGCCAUUGUUAAAUCUCACAGUUCCUUUCUCUACAUUAUUUUCUAGAAAUGCUUGAAUAUUUUUUUUCUCAAUGCCAAGAAGCUAAUGUUUAUUUUUGUACUUCAUUGUUUCAUGCAGAAUUUAUAUUGCCCUCUCCGCUAACAGAAUUUAAAGUGGGACUCUACAGAAACUAUCACUGGUUGUGGGACGUUAUUUUGAGGUACUAAUCAUAACUAUAACAAUGUCCAGAGCAUGCCCUUAAUAUAUCAACAAAAAGCAUAGAAUACAAACAAAAUGGAGCAUAUCUAAUAUUUGAGGUUUGUAUGCUAGCAUGCAGAUUACUGCUAAAAUUGAGUUUGGUAUUAAAUCACUGUAAAAUCAAGUAUUAAGGAACAAGACUAACAAUGCGCACUUUUGCUGUGUAUCAGACAGAAUUGUACUCCUGGGAUCUUUGAGAGAGAGAGACGGUUGUUGUUUGAUUUAAAAUGCUGCUAUCAUUCCUUUUGAGCAGUCAAGCUGUUUUUAAAUUACCUUUCAGCCACGUAGCAAUAAAACUUUUUACUGUGAA